AUGGACGGUCGAGUGCCCGUCCUCCCGCAGGACAACCAGACAGGAAGGAGAGUCUCUGCCCGCCAGAGGAGGCCUGCAGUCUGCAGACAGUGUCCCUGCUGCAGGGACGACCAGGUGCCACAUACAAAGCGCCGGCGCCCUGCUGCUUCUGCAGACCUUCCCCAGAAAAGGAAGCAGACCUCCGCGGCUCUUCCUCCUAAACCUGCUGACCUGCCACCUGUCUCUAAUGUGGCCUCCAGCCCCCGGACCUCCAAUGCUCCCCUGCACCUCGAAGACCCUAUCAGGAUCCACAACCGCUCAGUCGAGGAGUACCAGCUCAUCUACCAUGAAGUUGUGGAUAACAUGCUGAGGUUCCCGGACGGUCGCCUGCGUCCAUAUAGUUUGGGUCUGGGUCGUCGUAUCAAGCAGAAGCUGUGGGAGCGACUGGACCGUCCGAUGUUCACAGAGACAGUGGAUGAAGACGGUCUGGUCCAUGUGGACGUGUCCUACGGUGCUGGAGUCCAGCCUCCGCUCUACAACGUGGAUGUUUCUGGUGAACCAGAGCCCGAAUAUCCACCAGCAAAAAGGGCAAAGCACUAAGACACACUCUCAUAAGCUGACAUGUCUAAUAAUACUGUGCUUUAAGUUUAGUUUAGUUUUUUUUAAAGUAUGGCAGAUAAGUUUAAGUUUAUUAAGUGUAGAGAUACGUUUUUAGUGCCAAGCAUAAGUAUUAUGUGCUAAGUCUUUAGUUUUAAGUAUUUAGUAAUAAGUAUAAGUCUAAAGUGUUAAGAGUAAGUGUUUAGUUUAAGUUUUUAGUUAUAGUCAUUUGUUUGAAGUAUUUCAUAUUAAGUGUUACGUUUUUAGUGCCAAGCACAAGUAUUAAGUGUCAAGUCUUUAAUUUUAAGUAUUUAGUAAUAAGUAUAAAGUGUUAAGAGUAAGUGUUUAGUUUAAGUUUUCUGU